UUAACUCAUUUGUUUAGGCAGUAGGGAGUUUCUGCUAGGGUCUGGAUUGGAGUUACACACAGACCGGACCCUACCGUAUAUGAGUGGUGUCUGAGGAGAUAGAGGAUUCCCCUUUUCCGCAAAGAAUCUACAUGUCUAAUAUUUAGACAUGUUCAGCUUUGUGGAUAUUCGGUUAGCGCUUUUGCUCAGCGCAACAGUGCUUUUGGCGAGAGGUCAAGGCGAGGAUGAUAGAACAUUUGGCAGCUGCACAUUAGAUGGACAGUUGUACAACGACAAGGAUGUAUGGAAACCAGAACCCUGCCAGAUCUGCGUCUGCGACAGCGGAACCGUCAUGUGCGACGAGGUGAUCUGUGAGGACACAUCCGACUGCGCCGAUCCCAUUAUUCCAGACGGAGAGUGCUGCCCUAUCUGCCCUGAUGGUCAAGAAUAUACUGAGUCAACUCCCGUAGGACCCACUGGCCCCAAGGGAGACCCGGGUCUUCCUGGCUAUCCCGGCGCUAAUGGAAUCCCUGGCGAUCCUGGCCCACCUGGACCCCCUGGCCCCCCUGGCCCCCCUGGCCUUGGCGGAAACUUCUCUCCUCAAUAUUCUGACCCCUCAAAAUCUAGUGGCCCACCUGUUCCUGGCCCAAUAGGUCCUAUGGGUCCCCGUGGUCCUCCUGGACCUUCCGGCCCUCCUGGUCCUCAGGGUUUCACUGGACCUCCUGGAGAGCCUGGUGAGCCCGGAGCUUCUGGUCCACUGGGUUCUCGUGGUCCUUCUGGUCCCCCUGGAAAGAACGGAGAUGAUGGUGAGGCUGGCAAACCUGGACGCCCCGGUGAGCGCGGACCUGCCGGACCUCAGGGUGGUCGUGGAUUCCCUGGCACCCCUGGACUUCCAGGCAUCAAGGGACACAGAGGCUUCAGUGGUCUAGAUGGAGCCAAGGGAGACUCUGGACCUGCUGGCCCUAAGGGAGAGCCUGGCACUUCUGGUGAGAAUGGUAUCCCCGGUGCCCUGGGUGCUCGUGGUCUUCCCGGAGAGAGAGGCCGCCCUGGAGCUCCCGGCCCUGCUGGUGCUCGUGGUAAUGAUGGCAACACCGGUCCUGCUGGUCCUCCUGGACCUACUGGACCUGCUGGCCCCCCUGGAUUCCCUGGCGGUGCUGGUGCUAAGGGAGAGACUGGUGCUCCAGGAGGCCGUGGAUCUGAGGGACCCCAGGGAGCACGUGGUGAGCCUGGUAACCCCGGACCUGCUGGACCCGCUGGACCUGCUGGUGCUCCUGGACAAGAUGGUCGCCCUGGACCUCCUGGCCCCGGUGGAUCCAGAGGACAGCCUGGAAUUAUGGGAUUCCCCGGACCCAAGGGAGCUUCUGGUGAUUCUGGUAAACCUGGUGAGAGAGGUGCAACUGGACCUGCUGGCGCUGUUGGUGCUCCAGGCAAAGACGGUGAUGUUGGUGCUCCUGGACCUUCUGGCCCCGCUGGACCUGCUGGAGAGAAAGGAGAGCAGGGACCCGCUGGAUCUCCUGGAUUCCAGGGACUUCCUGGACCCCAAGGUUCUACUGGUGAGACUGGCAAGCCUGGUGAGCAGGGUGCUCCUGGUGAGGCAGGACCUUCUGGCCCAGCUGGACCAAGAGGUGACAGAGGAUUCCCUGGUGAGCGUGGUGGACCUGGCAUUGCUGGCCCAACCGGACCCCGUGGUGCUCCUGGACCCGCUGGUAACGAUGGACCUAAGGGAGAGCCUGGUGCUGCUGGUGCCCCCGGUGGUUUGGGAGCCCCCGGUAUGCAGGGAAUGCCUGGUGAGCGUGGAGCCGCUGGUCUCCCUGGUGCCAGAGGAGAUAAUGGUGAGCCUGGUGGCAAGGGAGUUGAUGGUGCCCCUGGCAAAGAUGGCCCACGUGGUCUGACCGGUCCUAUUGGAGUCCCCGGACCUCCUGGUGCUCAGGGUGAGAAGGGUGAGGCUGGUGCUGUUGGAGUUGCUGGACCUAGUGGUCCUCGUGGUUCCCCUGGUGACCGUGGUGAGCCUGGACCUGCUGGAGCUGCCGGAUUUGCUGGACCUCCUGGUGUUGAUGGUCAGCCUGGUGCUAAGGGAGAGAGUGGUGACAGUGGACCCAAGGGAGACGCUGGUCCUCCUGGACCUACCGGACCUGCUGGAGCUUCUGGUCCUCAGGGACCUGCUGGAGCUCCUGGACCCAAAGGUGCUCGUGGUAGUGUUGGUUCCCCUGGUGCUACUGGUUUCCCUGGACCUGCUGGAAGAGUUGGACCCCCUGGCCCUGCUGGAGCUGGUGGAGCCCCUGGACCCGGAGGACCUACUGGCAAAGAUGGAGCAAGGGGAGCUCGUGGUGAGACUGGCCCUGCUGGCCGCCCAGGUGAGGCUGGUGCUGCUGGACCCCCAGGACCUAGUGGAGAGAAAGGAUCUGCUGGCUCUGAUGGAGCCCCUGGUGCCCCUGGUAUCCCUGGACCCCAAGGUAUUGCUGGACAGCGUGGUAUUGUAGGUCUCCCUGGACAGCGUGGAGAGCGUGGUUUCCCUGGUCUGCCUGGACCAUCUGGUGAGCCUGGAAAGCAGGGAUCAUCUGGACCUGUCGGUGAGCGCGGAGCCCCUGGACCUGCUGGACCCCCUGGACUGUCUGGUCCAACUGGAGAGGCUGGUCGUGAGGGAUCUCCUGGUCAUGAUGGUGCACCUGGUCGUGAUGGUCCUUCCGGCCCUAAGGGAGACCGUGGUGAGACUGGCUUGGCUGGUCCCCCUGGACCUCCUGGUGCUCCUGGAGCUCCUGGAGGAGUUGGCCCCUCUGGCAAAACUGGUGACCGUGGAGAGAGUGGUCCCUCUGGUCCUGCUGGUCCCGCUGGCCCUGCUGGUGUUCGUGGUCCUGCUGGUCCAGCUGGUGCUAAGGGAGACAGAGGAGAGGCUGGUGAAGCUGGAGAGAGAGGCCACAAGGGACACAGAGGAUUCACUGGUGCAUCUGGUCUGCCCGGACCUGCUGGACCCCCUGGAGAGAGAGGCCCUGCUGGUGCUUCUGGACCCGCUGGACCUAGAGGACCUUCUGGAUCAAACGGCGCCCCUGGUAAGGAUGGUGUGAACGGUAUUCCUGGACCCAUUGGACCUCCUGGACCUCGUGGUCGCAAUGGAGAGAUGGGACCUGCUGGACCUCCUGGACCUCCCGGACCCGCUGGACCUCCUGGACCUCCCGGCAGUGGAUUUGAGUUCGUCAGCCAGCCUCUUCAGGAGAAGGCCCCUGAUCCCCUGCGUGGUGGCCACUACCGCGCUGAUGAUCCUAAUGUCAUGCGCGAUCGUGACAUGGAGGUUGACACCACCCUUAAGACCCUGACACAGAAGGUCGAGAAGAUCCGCAGCCCAGACGGUACCCAGAAGAGCCCAGCCCGCAUGUGCCGUGAUCUGAGGAUGUGCCACCCUGAGUGGAAGAGCGGCAUGUACUGGAUUGAUCCCAACCAGGGCUCUCCUCUGGAUGCCGUCAAGGUCCACUGCAACAUGGAGACUGGUGAGACUUGUGUCUACCCCAGCGAGUCCACCAUCCCCAUGAAGAACUGGUACCUCAGCAAGAACAUCAGAGAGAAGAAGCACGUCUGGUUCAGCGAGUCCAUGACCGGUGGAUUCCAGUUCCAGUAUGGCAGCGAUGGAGCUGAUCCCGAGGAUGUCAACAUCCAGAUGACUUUCAUGCGCCUGAUGUCCAACCAGGCCUCUCAGAACGUUACAUACCACUGCAAGAACAGCAUCGCCUACAUGGAUUCCGCCACCGGCAACCUGAAGAAGGCUCUGCUUCUCCAGGGAUCCAACGACGUCGAGAUCAGAGCGGAGGGCAACAGCCGCUUCACAUACAGUGUCAGCGAGGAUGGCUGCACGUCACACACUGGCACAUGGGGCAAGACAGUCAUUGACUACAAGACAUCAAAAACAUCCCGCCUGCCCAUCAUUGACAUUGCUCCUAUGGAUGUUGGUGCACCUGAUCAGGAAUUUGGCGUCCAAGUUGGCCCUGUUUGCUUCUUGUAAAAAUGAAAGAAAUAUGGACAUGACAUUGUUGUUUUUUUUCUAGCAGUCAUCUCUAAAUCCUCUUUCUAUGCAUUCAUUUGGCUGCCAUUGGUCCACAUGCUUAAAACCACUCUACUGAAGACAGUGUUUGUGUCUUUCCAAUCAUGAGAAGUUUUUUUUGGGACUGCUACUUCAAACGAAACCAACUACGAGGACACUUUAAAAAGAAUCUUUUGUUUUCACUGGCAACAAGAAAAUAAUAUAUGCUUGUGUAAAAUUUCCCCCCGGAGAUUAAGAAAAACAAAAAAAAAACAACCCAGAUCUGCACAUGCAAUGAAACACAGGUGACUUUUGCCAUUUUCUACCACUGCAGAAGGACAUUGAAAACAACAAAUGAUAUGUACCAUUUUUCUGGUGUUAAAUAAAUUGUAAAAAGUGUGAAGUGUCUUCUUGUUCUAAAUUAAUGAGAAAAACACCUGAACGCUGAGCAGACAAAGCAAACACCAGCAAAAGAGCAAGACUAAAAAGCUCACCUUCAUUGCAAAAUCUAGAUGGCUACCUCAUAACAAGACAUCACCCCCACUUUUUGCUAUGUCACACACCACAAGUCUAUUGGGGGAACACUAAAACCAUUCAAAGGUGCUAUUACCGAUUCAAUGAGGUCCAGCUAUUGGUGUUUGAUGGUGAAACUCACACUGUCGUACUGGAAUCAUUGCCACUUAAUGCCUGCAGAACCUUUGGUGCUACUAAAUUGACUCCUUGUCUUGUUGUCUAUGCAGUGCAAUUGUUUUCUUCUUAAGUGUUGGUUUGAUAACAGAGGUCCUCUGAAAAAGUGAUCACUGCAAUUGUAUUGCAUGCAAAUAUGUCUGGUUCAAUAUCAUUUUCCAUGCCCAUGUGUUCAGUGUUGAUCUUUCUGUCUGUUUGCCCCUGUGGAAAACUCCUCUUUACUAAAAAAAACAAAAACCAAACAGCACACAUCUCCCACCCUGUUGUUUAUGUUGUUUGUUGAUGUCUUUCUUGCGAAGGGUUUCUUAAAAAAGAAUUUGAAGCAGACCCACUUUCAUGGUUUAAAAGAGAGAUUCUGUACUUAUUUUGUACAUGUAUAAUAAAUCAAGAUGUUUUUAAUUAUUUUGGGUGCUGAAAUAAAGCAUGUGAAGUGGUCUA